CCUCCCGUCGCUGUCCGCCAUGUCCUCCGCUCUUCGUUCUGCCAUCCAGCAGUCACGUCGCUCCGCCUUCGCGCGGUCGGCCCGCUUCGCCUCCACCUCGGCCAAGGCACCUACUCUCAAGGAGCGUCUUGCCGAGCUCAUUCCCGCUGAGAUCGAGAAUGUGAAGGCGACGCGUGCGGCGCACGGCAAGAAGUCCUUCGGCCCCGUCCUCGUCGACCAGCUCUACGGUGGUAUGCGUGGUCUGCCCGCUCUUAUCUGGGACGGCUCCGUCCUCGAUGCUGAGGAGGGUAUUCGCUUCCGUGGCAAGUCUAUUCCCGAGAUCCAGGCGGCUCUCCCCAAGGCCCCCGGUGGGUCCGAGCCUCUCCCUGAGGGUCUUUUCUGGCUUCUCCUCACUGGCGAGGUCCCCACCCAGGAGCAGGUCGCCGCCCUCUCCAAGGACUGGGCUGCACGUGCCUCCAUCCCCUCCUUCGUCGAGGAGAUCCUCGACCGCUGCCCGCCCACGCUGCACCCCAUGUCGCAGUUCUCGCUGGCGGUCACUGCUCUCAACCACGACUCGGCAUUUGCCAAGGCAUACCAGCAGGGCGUCUCCAAGAAGGAGUACUGGCAGCCCACAUUCGAGGAUGCCAUGGACCUCAUCGCCAAGCUUCCUAACAUCGCCGGUCGCAUCUACCGCAACGUCUACGGCGGUGGCAAGCUUCCUGCGAUCGAUGCCGAGAAGGACUACUCUUACAACCUGGCUAACCUGCUUGGCUUUGCCGACAAGCCGGACUUCGUCGAGCUCUUGCGUCUUUACAUCACCAUCCACUCCGACCACGAGGGUGGCAAUGUUUCCGCCCACACCGGCAAGCUCGUCGGCUCUGCCCUCUCUGACCCCUUCCUCGCUUUCGGUGCCUCCUUGAAUGGUCUUGCUGGUCCCCUUCACGGUCUUGCCAACCAGGAGGUUCUGAUCUGGCUCCGCAAGAUGCAGUCCAAGAUUGGCGAGAACGCGUCAGAUGAUGCUGUCCGCGAGUACGUCUGGUCCACGCUCAAGGGCGGGCAGGUCGUUCCUGGCUACGGCCACGCCGUCCUCCGCAAGACCGACCCUCGCUACACGGCGCAGCGCGAGUUCGCGCUCAAGCACCUGCCCAACGAUUCGCUGUUCAAGCUCGUCAACCAGGUGUACAACAUUGUUCCCAAUGUCCUCCUCGAGGCUGGCAAGGCCAAGAAUCCCUGGCCGAACGUCGAUGCACACUCCGGUGUUCUCCUGACCUACUAUGGUCUUGACCAGAUGAACUUCUACACGGUUCUCUUCGGUGUCUCGCGCGCAUUCGGUGUUGCCGCCCAACUCGUCUGGGAUCGUGCUCUCGGUGCUCCUCUUGAGCGCCCCAAGUCGUAUUCGACUGAGGCCAUCAAGAAGAUCUUCGAGAACAAGGCGGAGUAAAAUUUGCCUCCAUUGAUGAUAAAACCUCUCCUGAUGAGGAUGACGACGUGCAUGAUUGCGGGAUCCUAUCUGGCGAGCGUACUGUCCCUAGACUUCGUAGUGUAGAGCUUGAUUCUGUUGAACAGUUUAGUGCUUACGUAAUGCACAUGCGUGUUUCUUGU